GGGCAUCUGCUGCCAAAGUCCACGUGCUCCCACCUGAGGCACCCUCUGUAUCAGCCAGCCUGGGAACAGAGAAUGGGGCAGGAUGUCUGUUGGAAGAUAUUAAAACCACAUUUUGAAAUGUUUAACUCGGGGCUGGAAGCUGUCUUGGGCACACAUGGUUGCGCCAGGCCACCAGAGCUUCAAUGCUUGUCCUCGGGGUCUCUGACUGUGAAAGGUGGCAUUUUCAUAGGGAAUGUAACCAAAUAAUUGAGGACAGAAUUGAAUUUGUAACAGAAAAAUAAUCUUUAAAAUGCUGAAAUUAUCAGUGUAUUGUAGUGUGUAAGGGACCAGUCACAUCCCUGCUGUGGACAUGGACAUUCUGGAGUGUCACCUGAGUCUAAUACAGUCACAGGAGCUCUGCUCUAAUCUUGAGUGUGCAGAUUAUGUGGGGUUUUUAGAAUAAAUAAAAUCUAGGUCUGUGUUAAAUGGGUCAGGUAAAGGGACUGUCAAGUAGGCAUUUUCAUAGAUGAAAUAGCUACUUUGAUACAAAAUGUACUUGAUGAUUCCCCAGCACAAGCAAUGUUUGUGGCUAAUGGUGAAAUGCAGGUUACAGAGGACUGAUUUAGGAACUCGGAGGGGAACUUCUGUAGAAUGGGUUAAAUACAGAAAGGAGGAUCUGCAAAAGCUCACACCUUUCUGUUUGGAGGGGACUAGGUGGUAUGAAGUGCUCCAGACAGGAAAUCCCGUGGUCCCUUGCUUGUGUGCACCCCGCAGACCCUCUCACAGGAACUGCCCCUGCUCUCUGAGUGACUCACCUGUUAGCAGAGGUGAGCACCUGUGCUGCACUCACCUGCUCAGGGAAAGUCCCUCACAACACCUCUGAGUGCUGCCUUUUCCCAGAACUGAAUUAAAUUUUGCUUCCCCCAGCAUUUUUCCUCUGCCAUCUCCUGCCAGUCUUGCAGCCUGUCUGGAGGAAGGCUGAAGGAGGGUGGGUUUAGUUUAGAUACUGAGAAGAAAUUCUUUCCUGUGAGGUGCUGAGGCCCUGGCACAGGGUGCCCAGAGCAGCUGUGGCUGCCCCAUCCCUGGAAGUGUCCAGGCCCAGGCGGGAUGGGGCUUGGAGCACCCUGGGAUAGGGGAAGGUGUCCCUGCCCAGGGCAGGGGGUAGAACAGGGGGAUUCUUAAGGGCCCUUCCAACCCAACCAUUCUGUGAUUCUGUGAUGCUCUGUGCAGACCAAGGGUUUGAUUUCUGCAUUUUCUGAUUUUCUAAUUCUGAGCCACCCCCACCCCACCACUGAACCUGCUCUAAUGUAACUAUUGGAUAUGUCCAGAUUAUUUUUAACUACUAAUCCAGGUUUUCAUUUUUUGUUGUGGAGACCAGAGCUAUGUUUAGUGAGAUUAAGCAUGAACACUAAUGAAUUCUGCCCAAACAAUAGUUAUGGGAAAAUACUGGAAUGCAAUAUUUGCCAAAGGACCAGAGCAGUCUAAUGUAUUAUUUCUUGUGUAUAUUUGGUGGUUUCCUCUUGUUCCAGUGGAAUGUUCUGUAGUGACUGGAUACUGCAUUACUGUCUGCCCCAGCCCAAAGGCAGGCAUAACUGUAUUUAACAUCUGGAUGAAUUAGUCUGAAAGCAGACAUGCUCUGCAAAGGAAUAGUUUCUGUCUCCUAUGUCAAAAUAAGAAAGAGCUAAUGGCUUUUUUAAAAUACCACAUUAAUUGAUAUGACUUCAUAAUCCUUGAUUUAUAGACAAGAAAAUAGAAGCACUAAUAUUGUUUGCCAGUUAUAUUUUAGACUGCUGCUAUGAAAGACUGGAAAUGUUACAUGAUUUCCUGAGGGUAGUAAGGUAUUUUAAAAAUUAAUUUGUAGUUAGGAGGAGUGCUGAGAAGGUGAGAGGCCUGAGUUCUGCUCCUGCUGUGGGACUCAAAUGAUUUCAUGGUAAGGCAGAGUCCUACUGGUGUGGCAGAAUAGAAUUGAAGUUUGUAAGAUACACUCUGAGGUUCAGGGAGAUUGUUUUGGUGGAUGAAGCUGCACUUCCCCCCCUGUGCUUGCUUUCUCUCUGUUUCUCUCAUGGCUCCAGUCUCCUCCUCACCUGUGUUCAGUGCUGGGAAGUUUUCCAGGUACCACCAGCUGAUUCCUGUGCUCUCCUGUUCUCAGGGAUAAUCCAGGUUUGUCUGUGGAAAACAUAACUACAGCAUAUAGAAAUUGGAAUCUGCAGUGUUGUUCUGGCAAGGACUCUUGGACUGCAAUUACAGAGCCAUCCAUACAGCUGCUGAGAAUAGUUUUAUAUUAGAAUAAAGCAUAGGUUGCUAACCAGCUACCAACUCGUAGGAGUCUGAACAAAAACCACGUCAGUGGAAGGAGAUGUUGAACUGGAAUAGCCCUAUUUAAAGGCCAGUUUCUUCUCUUGUGAGCUUGACUUGCUGCCUAAGCUGUGGGAAGCAGCCAGGAGUAGGUCAGGCGGACUAUGAGAAUUUUAUUUUUCUCUGAUAUUUCUGGGACAGCCUUGCUGGGAAGCAGUCAGCAUGGUAGAAAUGAGAAAACAUCUUUAUUAUAGAUGUUAAUUAAAUUCUAUUCUGUUAAUUAGUUAAUUUAAUAAUAUAUAUAGGAAUUCUAAAGACAUGUUUAAAAAUCAACAGUGUAAUUGGAUUUUUUUUUCUUUUUGAUUUUUAGUGCUUUAGAAUCUGUAAUUUUAAUGCUCUUAUGGUGUUUUUGUAGCCUGUAAAAACAAUGGGGCUAAGUUUAUGGCAUAAAAUGAACUUGAUUAGAUUUACAAAAGAAAUAAGGGAAAAUAUGAUGACAUUAAAAGGGAUGAAAUGGAAGUGGUUAGGAAGAAAUGCAUACAUUUGGGAUGAAACUCUUGAUUUCUGGCAAAAUCAUUUUCUGAGAAGCACUUACAGAGUAAGUGUUUGGUGUUUAAUAGAAUAGAGACUAAUGCUGAUGGAAACCGAAAGAAAUCUUUGAGGCUGAAUAAGGAAAGUCAGGGAAUUCAAGGACAAUGGAGAGGUAUGUAGUGGGUGACUGCUCUGAUUAAAAGGUCAGACUCUGCUGGGUGCUCAGAAAAGGUCUCUCACGGGGCUGUGAAGCAUUGCCAAACCUGAUCUUCCUCAUUAAUUCCUUGGCCAGAGACUGGGCCACAGUUCUCACCUCCAAAAGCAGUUUAUUUGGGCCACAGCUUUUCAUCACCCCACAGGCAUGUCAGGCAGAUCCCCAAUGUUCCUGUCCAUCACUGGAAUGGCAUCCCUUUGGAAGUGGGGCCAGGGAGGUGUGGGAUGGACCCAUUCUGGUACUGUGGCUCCAGCAAAGCUCCCAUGCUGGUCACAAGGGAUCUCUUCCUCCUCAGAGAGCCUGGCCUAGCAGGGUGAGGGGGUUCAGGAAGGUUUGUCUGUGCCCCUACACAAAAAAAGGGGACACUCAGAUGCAUUUUAUUACUAUUAUUAUUAUUAUUAUUAUUAUUAUUAUUAUUAUUAUUAUUAUUACUUUCAUCCUUCUCUAAAUUUCUCAUAACGCUUAGAUAGCUCCAGAAGCCUCAAGUAUCCAUGGGUUUUACUGGAAAUGUUUACAUUCCUCAAACCAUGGUGAAAUUUAUUUCUGUGCACACAAAGCAUAAGCCUCUCUAAAUCCCACUUAGGCUCUCUUUUGGGACUGUGUGACACUUUGACUUCCCUGGCUCCCAGUAGCAGGCUGAGCCUUCCCCAGGACCUGGAAACCAAAUGUGAGGUUUUGUCCUUGGGUGUGAAUGUACAGUAUCCUUGGUGACCAUUACCUACCUGCACAAUAGUUCUGGAAAUUGCACUAAAUGAGAAAAACAGAGAUUAGAGUCUUCAGAAUUCCUAGCAAAAUAAUACAGAUUAGCAGAAAGUGUGUUUUUUUCAAAGGCAACAUAAUCUGCUAUGUUUGCCUUCCUGUUAGAAAUCUAAAGUUGAAAGCCCAAGGGGAUAAAAUUGUUUAUUAUAGGCUAUAAAAAUAAUAAUAAUGGGAAAGUAUCUAUUAAAAAGAAAAGGCAGAGAAAGAGAGAAAUAGAGACUUUCAGUCAUGCUGGGCACAAAGGUAUGCCAGCCACACUUUCCUGCAUGUAGUCUCCUUCAAUUUCUCUCACCAUUUCAACAUUCAUGUCAAAGUGAUGGAAUCUGAAGACUUCAGACAUUUGUCUGGAAUUUCUGGAUAUUUCAGAGUCUGGUCAAAGAAGCAGCUCUUAUUUCCAGACAUCUCAUGUCUCAGAGAAUAGAUCCCUGUUGUGCAGGGGCAUGGCUUUCUGUCCAGGAAGACCUGGAUGGAGACCUGGGAACCUGUGCUAGAUCACCAGCUGAUGACCUGCUGAAGGCUGCUGGGGUGCCAGAGACUGCACCUGACUUCCCCAGGAUUCUGCACCUGAUUUCCCCAGGAUUUCUGCCAUGGGAAAGCCAGGAGGAUCACCUGCUAAAGCAAGAGUCUCUCAGGAGAAACAUCACCCUGAAACCUCUCUUUCUGCCAGCUUUUUGAGGUUCCACCACAGAAAUAUGAUAUUGGGAAUGGCAGAUUAGUGUCUGGAUCCUCUAGAUAUUAUUGGAAUGUAACUGUAGAGAAAAAUGUUCAUUUCUAACAACUCGGUUGUGGACUUCUAAUCAGACUUGGAUUUCUGGAAAUACUACAACAUGACUUCAGCUGGGAAUGAGAUCGAAAGAUGGACUCACAGGCAGGGUGGCAGGACUGGGAAGCUGCUAGAGCCUGUGGCCUCUCCUGAAAAUGAUCACCUUUUGUCAGUGAAGUCAGUCAGCAGCAUGGACCAUCUCUUGCAUCUCCCUCGAAGGGCAGACUCUGCUUACAGCUCUUUCUCAGGAGGCUCAAACAUCCCAGAGAACCCCACACCACCGUGCCAUGGUGAAUACAUCUGUGUUCCUCCAGAGCAGGCCCCGUACAUGGACUCAGAAUAUGUGACAGGAAUUUAUAAUCUCAGUGCUGCCCACUCUGCCCUCAGAUCCCCCCAGCCGUACACGGCACCAGAGCUGAGCAGCUCCCAUGGCUGUGGGAUUGCUCCUGCCCAGAGGAGUUCAAAUCAGGGCCCUCCAGCCCUGGCAGCACCUCUGCUGUGCCCUCCCUCGCGCCGCGAGAGCUGUGACACCACUCACAGGCACUGGGACAAGGCAGGAGACAGACAGGGCUCUGCAGGGCAGGCAGCUCCUGCUGUGCAGCACCGCCAGCCCGCAGACAGGGAUGGACCCUGGAGUCAGCACUGGGAUGCACUUACAGAGCAAGAUGUAGGGCCUCCUAGGGAAAAGCCUCUGGAAAACAAGGGCCUUUCUUCUGAUUUUACAAAGGUAUCAAAAGUUCAGCCAUUAAAGACAGAGGAAAACGCAGAGUGGAACCUAUCACGACAACCUACAAAGAGAAGCAAUCCACACAUUUUCAGGAGACCCUCUUCUUUCAUUUUCCAAGAAUAUUUAAAGACAGACUCUGUGGCAAAUGUUCCCAAAAUACUUUCUGCGUAUAAUUCAGGUCAUGGUAACAAAAUUCCCAAAGAGAUGAACUCCAAAUCCUAUCACCAAGCACAUUCCAACCCCAGUGCUGUUAAUGAUACACAGGAAGUCAAACAGUGUCCCAGGGGUGUGUGUAAGGCAGGUGCCAGAGAAGCAGCUCUGCCAAGCACUGUGCCAGGGCCCAGCCAGAGGAAAGAGUCCCUGCCCUGUGCUCAGGGCCCAGUCCAUGCUGAGUGGCAUUCAGACACGGAUCAGGAUGUGUUUGAGGACAGCUCGGAAUUAAAGUACAUGGAGAAUGCUCUUCUAAAUAAAAAUUCUCCCAGGAAGCUGAACAGUUAUGCAGACAAAAAUCAGUGCAAUGAUUCUGAAGGAAAAAUUAUGAGCAAUAUUAGGGAACCAGUCCCAAACCAGCAAAACAAAGUGCAGAGAUCACCACUGUCCUGCAGCUGCAAUGCUGUGGGAGUGGGGCACUCUCAGUGUGAGGAGCUGGAUCAGGGAAGGAAGCAGGGCUGCGAUGGCAUAAGCCAAAUGGCUUUUUUCAGACCAAAGGAAGAGUCCACAUCUCAAUCAUUACGUGAGGUCCAGAAAGGAAACCAGGGUAACAACAGCAGUCCUGACCUCAGCAGGUGUCUGGAACAAGAGGAAGCUCCUGUUCAGAAACAGCAGCCUGUGUUUCAAACACAGCUCUCAAGACAGCUUCGGCAGGACCAUGCUGGUGAACAAAUAACCAGGCAGGCAACUCCCAUGCUUUACUAUCUGUCUGCGGGGAAAACCACCAAUGUCCUGCACCCCAACCAGGACUCGAAGGGCUCACCAAAGGAAAUUCCAUCAAGCAGCUAUGCUGCCUCAGCACACUGUCUAGAGAUGCAAAGAGAAGGCCAUCAGCUUCAGAGGAGCAGCCACCACCAUCAGCGCAGUGCUGAUGAUCUCCAGCUUCAGAACAAAGAUCUCAUUUUGAGGAGUCCUGCCUCAUUCACAGAAGAGAGUUUCCAGAAUGACUACAUAGAGAAACUUAAAAUGGCUCAGAAAAAGGUUCUCAAAGAAACCUCUUUUAAAAGAAAAGACUUACAGAUGAGUUUGCCUGUCAGACUGAGACAGAAAUCCUCUAAAAGGCCAUCAAUUGAACACCUUCGGUCUUUCUCCUUAUCCAGUGCAAGUGAGGAUGCCAAACCUGUUCCUUGCUCCCCUCCUCAUCUAGAAUCCUUGGAAAGUUUCAAUAGAAAUGAAGAAAUAAGGAGGCCACAAAAAGGUGAUGCAGGGAGAAGGAAAAGGGUAACCCAUGAGCAAAAGAAACUCUGCUACUCUGAGCCUGAGAAGCUCAAUCACCUAAUGGAUAAGGAAGUAUUGUGGGGUCACGUUAGGGAUGAAACCACUGGGCAAAGUACAGUGGCAUCCAGGAGGAGGGAUCUGGAGAACAGAGGAAAGGCAUUUUCCAGUUCAAGUGUCUCCAGGACAGAGCUGAAACAAAUCCAGCACAGUGCACUGAUCAAAUACAUGGAACGAAAGAUCAGUCAAAGGCCAGGGGGGUCACAACACCUCCCACUGCAUAAGCCACCCCUGCAGGAGAGGCUGUCGAAUCCCAAAGGUCCUCCUGGCCACAUUUCCAACCCAAAUGGAAGCAGGAAGGUGAAAAAUGAUGAGGUUUUCUGCCAACUUCUCUCUGAACAAAAAUCACCAGAUGUUUCUCCUCCUUUGCCUUUUGCUCCCCCACUGAAGGUGAGCAGCAGGUGUGAUCCCAACCAAGGGGACAGCAGCUGUACCAGCAAGUGUCCAUCAGCUGAAAGUCUCCCACAGACAGGGGGUUCUGCAACUGGGAGAGUUCCUGAGAGAUCAAAAUCCACUUCUUCUUCCACACAGGACGCGUGCAGAUGUGCCAGAGGUGCAGCAGCACCGGGCCGGCGCUGCGGGAGCUGCCCCAGUUUCCGUGAUGCUGAGGAAGAUGGACCCAAGAAUCAUGAACAUAGUGACACAACUGGACAUGUGUGUGGCCAGGAUAAAAAGGAGCAAACUCCUGAAACCCCCCUUCCUGUCCCAAAAGGUGGAAGCAAGGAGAGUGCUCGAGUGGAGGAGGAAUGCAGAACUCAGUCUCUGGGUGGGAAUGCUGCACUCCAGCAUCCAGAGCAGCAGCCUGCAGCUUCUCCAGAGCAGGGAAUGGAUCUCCAUGCAGCACCAGCUGAGCCUCACCAAGGACACAAACAUGCAGCCAAAGGUCUCCUUGCCCAGGAAACAUCCAUGCACAGCAACCAUGAUGAUGUUCCCCUGGAGAGGGACACACACCUGCCCCAAAGGAGGCUGCAGACUUCUCAGGAGCAGAGGUACCAGGAGCUUGCUAUGGAGAUCAUUGCCAAAGACAGCUCCCUGGUGGACAUUCUCAUGCCUCAUCCUCUUAGAAAAACUGCUUUGGACCUGAUGGAGGGUUUGUUUCCUGUUAACAUUUCCAUGCUGGAUAAAUCACGCAGGAAAAGGGGAAAGGCACAGCGUGUGCAGGAGAAUGAGAAAAGUCAUGGAGAUGGACCAGAAGAAUGUCCAAAAUCUGAGCAUGAAACCAAGCAAAGGAGCAAAGAUCCUGCCUCUAUGAGAAACCAAGUCCUGAAGAGGAACAGAGAGAGCACAAAUGAGCUAGAUGACAUCACAUCUAAGAAGCUGGAACUCAUGGCCAGUCUCCAAUGCAGGCUGCAGGCGCUGUGGGAGGAGCAGGAGCUGGUUCUCCUGGAAGUCAGGGAAUGUGCCAAGUGGGGCGAGGAGCUGGAGGUGCUGCUGCGGGAGCUGUGCAAGCCCAAGGAGUUCGAGCGCUACCUGAUGUUCAUCGGGGACCUGGAGAAGGUGCUGAGCCUCUUGCUCUGCUUGUCCAGCCGCCUGGCCCGCGUCCAGAACGCCCUCAGCAGGGUGGAUGGCAGCACGGAGCCUGAGGAGAAGCAAUCGCUGAAUGAACGGCACAAGCUGUUGUCUCGACAGCGGGAAGAUGCAAAGGACCUGAAGGAGAAUCUGGACAGGAGAGAACGUGUGGUCUCUGGAAUCCUUGCCAAAUACCUGACAGAGCAGCAGCUCCAGGAUUAUCAGCACUUUGUUCAAGUCAAGACCUCCUUGCUGAUUGAACAGAAGGACCUCGAAGAGCAGAUUAAAUUUUUCGAAGAACAAUUAGAAAAUCUCGAGCAAAGCAUCCCCAUCUAACACCCACCACCAGGCCAGACAUUUUUAUAUGUUAUAUGGGAUGUUUCCCUGGAAAUCCACAGGCACUCUUCUCCCAGGGUUCAGUUUGUGGAUUCUUCCAAUCCUGUUUGUGCCACAGCACUGACAAGGUUCAGAUGCUUUGGGAUGCUCCAGGCACACUCUGACAGCAUCUCACAGUGUGUAGCAAACUGCCUUGUGGACAUGACUGAUAGGAUUCAUUGCUCCUAUUAACUGAAUGUGUAUUUCCCCUUCCUCUUGUCUGUCCAUCUGUUUCCAGACUGACAUCAUCUCAAUAAAAGAACCCUACAAA